AUAUGGAGCGGGGGCCGGUGGUGGGGGCAGGGCCAGGGGCUGGGACCCGAAUCCGGGCACUGCUAGGCUGCCUGGUGAAGGUAUUACUCUGGGUGGCCUCUGCCUUGCUGUAUUUUGGAAGUGAGCAAGCUGCCCGCCUCCUGGGCAGUCCUUGCUUACGGCGCCUCUACCAUGCCUGGUUGGCAGCAGUGGUCAUCUUCGGACCCCUUCUGCAGUUCCAUGUCAACUCUCGGACUAUCUUCGCUAGUCACGGCAACUUCUUCAACAUAAAGUUUGUGAAUUCAGCGUGGGGCUGGACCUGCACCUUCCUAGGGGGCUUUGUGCUGCUGGUGGUGUUCCUGGCAACACGGCGCGUGGCAGUCACUGCCAGACACCUGAGUCGCCUAGUAGUUGGGGCGGCUGUGUGGCGGGGGGCUGGCCGUGCCUUCCUGCUCAUAGAAGACCUGACUGGCUCCUGCUUUGAGCCUCUACCCCAGGGUCUUCUGCUCCAUGAACUACCAGACCGCCGAAGCUGCCUAGCAGCUGGGCAUCAAUGGCGGGGCUAUACAGUCUCUUCCCACACCUUCCUGCUCACCUUCUGCUGCCUGCUCAUGGCUGAGGAAGCAGCAGUAUUUGCCAAGUACCUGGCCCACGGGCUGCCUGCUGGCACCCCCUUACGCCUUGUCUUCCUGCUCAAUGUGCUGCUGCUGGGCCUCUGGAACUUCUUGUUGCUCUGUACCGUCAUCUAUUUCCACCAGUACACUCACAAGGUGGUGGGCGCCGCAGUGGGCACCUUUGCUUGGUACCUCACCUAUGGCAGUUGGUAUCAUCAGCCCUGGUCUCCAGGGAGCCCGGGCCAUGGGCUCUUCCCCUACCCCCACUCCAGCCGCAAGCAUAACUGAAAGAAAUAAAGGCACAAAAGGCCUG